AUGACCACUUUCAGGUCUUUAAUUGCCAUUGCAGCUAAGAAGAGAUGGCAAAUUUACCAAUUAGAUGUAAAUAAUGCAUUUCUCCAUGGAGAUCUGCAUGAGGAAGUCUACAUGAAGGCUCCACCAGGUCUUGACCUGAAGUUACCAAACUUAGUCUGCAAGCAGAACAAGUCCCUUUAUAGGCUGAAACAAGCUAGUAGGCAGUGGUAUGAUAAGUUUACUGAGGCCAUGUACACAAGAGGAUACACAUACUCCAUGCAUAAUUAUUCCGUAUUCUACAAGAAGCAGGAUUCUUCAACUGUUUUUGUAGCAGUUUAUGUUGAUGAUGUUCUCCUCACAGGGACUAAUUUAGAGGAAAUUAGUCAGCUCAAAGCUUUCCUACAUGAUAGAUUCAAAAUAAAAGAUUUGGGACAACUACACUAUUUUCUAGGACUAGAGGUACUUUACAAGGAAGAUGGUAUUAUUAUCUCACAAAGAAAAUUUAUUCUGGACCUUAUGAAAGAAUAUGAUUGCCUCCACUCAACCAGCCUGGCCUCUCCUCUUAAUCCCACAAUGAAACUGAAGGCUAAGGAGGCCUCUCCUUUAUCUGAUCCUACUUUUUACAGGAGAUUGGUUGGGAAGUUGAAUUUUCUUACAAACAUCAUAUUGGAUAUAGCUUAUGGGGUCCAAUAUUUGAGUCAGUUUAUGCAAGAUCCCAGGGAACCCCAUCUACAUGCAGCUUAUCACAUGUUGAGGUACCUCAAGAAAGAUCCUACUUUGGGCAUGUACUUCCGCAAUACAUCUGAUCUUUCCAUCACUGCUUACUGUGAUUCUGAUUGGACAGCUUGUCCUGAUUCUAGGAGGUCUGUGUCUGGUUACAUUGUCCUUCUAGGAGGUAGUCCUGUGAGCUGGAAGUCCAAGAAACAGGAAACCAUGUCCUUGUCCUCGGCAGAAGCAGAAUACAGAGCACUUAGGAAGGUGUUAGGCGAACUAGUAUGGCUACACAGGUUAUUUGAAGAACUCACUGUUCCAGUCUCCUUGCCCAUACCUAUACAUUAUGAUAGCCAGUCUGCUCUACACAUUGCCAGGAAAUCCUGUAUUCCAUGA